AUGAGGAAUCUCCUGAGCGACGCUCCCAUCCUCGAGCGCCGCCGCUUUCCGCUCGCUCCCCUGCACGUCGCCAUCCCAGUCGCCGUUGAUGAGCUACAGAGCUUCCGCAUCCGCCGCACCUCCUCUAUUUCCUCUAUUUCUCGGUUCUGUCCUGAUCUUACCAAACUUAUGCUAACGACACUAUCAAAACUGUGCUGGCAGGGACCCUACAUUGGUGGGGCGAACGUGUCCGCUGCUGAUCUGAGCCUGGCCCCGAAGCUCUACCAUCUCCAGGUCGCCCUGGAGCACUUCAAGGGCUGGAAGGUCCCGGAAACUCUGACCAGCGUCCAUGCCUACACCGAGGCUCUCUUCAGCCGCGAGUCGUUCGUCAAGACCAAGGCGACCAAGGAGAACCUGAUCGCCGGGUGGGCGCCGAAAGUGAACCCGUAAGCUCCCCCGCCGCCGCUCGGAGACCGCCACCCCCGUUGUGUCGGUAGUGAUGGGCUGUAGUAGGCCUCAUCUGUCUAGGUUGGAAUAAUGCGAGCGAGCCUUGAUGUGCUCUGGUUGUCGCAAUCGUGCACUUGCUUGUGUGGGUGUGUGUGGGUGUUAUGUGCGUGUUCUGGUGCAGGCAAGAGUGCAAGUAUAUGUGGUGUGAACCUCUUUCCGUAUGAAUGAAUAAUGGAGCUGCGUAAAAUUCGGAUUUGCCA